AUGCCUGUGUCACGAGCACCUGUAUCAAAGCGCCUGCGCUGCGUCCCUGAAUUCUUCUGUAUGAGUGUCUUAAACGAGCAUAUUGAUGAAAUGGGAGAUCCACCGAUGCGUAUGGGGUUGAUUGAAGGCAAGGAUUGGCCUGAUGUCUACAAAUUCAUGGACCACUUUGAGCUUACGCAUCCGGGACGUCGCAUGAAGCUCGUUAUCUUGUUGCGUCACGGAGAAGCCACACACAACGCCACGAAAGCUAGUGUGGGCAGCAAGUUGUGGCAAGAGAAGUACGAAAUGCUUCCUGAAUUUAUUGACGCCCCGCUCACAACCCGCGGCAAGAAUCAAGCUGAUUCUGCCGCUUUGAUCCUUGAAAAGCAGAUCACCAAGAGCGGCCUUAAACUGCAACGCGUGUACGUGUCCCCUUUGGACCGUACUUUGCAAACGUACGAUAGGGUGUUUAAUCGCUUGCGAGAUAUUCCUGUGUCCGUCGUGGAGCUCGCUCGCGAGACGCUGGGAGUCGUCAACUGUGACCGUCGUGGCUUCUUAACCCCAAAACAGACCGCGUACCCGCAGAUGGAUUUUAGCCGCGUGGCCAGCGAGGACGACACAUGGUGGCAGCCCGACCACCGUGAAACCGCCGAAGAGAUCGCUAAACGCGCUGCUGAAUUUUUGGAUGAAUUAUUUGAUAAAACCUCCGAACGCUGUGUGCUAAUUGUUUCGCACAGUGGCUUCAGUCGUGGCUGUUUCGCAGCCGUAGGUCAUCACUACUACCGACCGAGGAAUGCAGAGUUCAUUCCACUGUUAAUCACGGAUGCGUUUGAAGAGGAGCUGCACUAG